AUGCCAUCGGGAGUUGGAGGCGGGGGAAUCCUCAAUACUGGACACGACAGACCCUAUCGGUUCUCUUUCUAUUCCAAUGCGCUCUCCGCCACAAUCCACGCCCGGAGUCUCAGCGAGCUGCCUGCAGAAGGCCAGACCCCUCCUCCAGCCUCUUUCUUUUCGAACUCCACGACUCUGAAUAAAAACAAAACGAACGGCAUGAAUGGGGAUAACGAUUCAGACGGAAACACUUGGUGGCUAGACGUCCAAAGUCCCACAGACGACGAGAUGAAAAUGCUCAGCAAGGUGUUUUCGAUACAUCCACUCACAACAGAAGAUAUUCUCAUGGAAGAGACGCGUGAAAAGAUCGAACUCUUCCGCAACUACUACCUCGUCUGUUUCCGCAGCUUUGAUCAAGACCCCUACAGCCCAACUCAUUUAGAACCUCUGAACAUGUAUAUUAUUGUUUUUAGAGAAGGAAUAUUAUCCUUCCACUUCCGUCCCACCCCACAUCCGCAAAACGUUCGCCGCAGAAUCAAGCAACUGAAAGAUUACAUCUCUGUAACAUCGGAUUGGAUUUCCUACGCCCUCAUCGAUGACAUUACUGACGCCUUUGGUCCCUUGAUACAAGGCAUUGAAUACGAGGUCGACAGCAUUGACGAACUGGUGCUGAUACUCAAAGAGGCGGAGCAGAGCGACAUGUUGAGGCGCAUCGGGACAUGCAGAAAAAAAGUCAUGGGACUUUUAAGGCUCAUGGGAAACAAGGCCGACGUCGUCAAAGGCCUGGCCAAGAGAUGCAACGAGAAUUGGAGGGUCGCACCAACGUCGGAUAUUGGUCUAUAUCUGUCUGAUAUACAGGACCAUCUUAUUACGAUGACCCAAAAUCUGAAUCACUAUGAAAAAAUUUUGUCACGCUCGCACUCCAACUACCUCGCGCAAAUCUCCAUCGAAAUGACAGACGCGAACAAUCAAAUCAAUGACGUUUUAUCGAAAUUGACAGCCCUUGGUACCGUGCUCAUUCCUAUGAAUCUCGUAACGGGUAUUUGGGGUAUGAACGUUCACGUUCCAGGACAGGACGUACCAGGUUAUGCAUGGUUUAUCUCCAUCGUCUCAUGUCUUGCAGUUUUCGCCGUCGUUGGUGGUUAUUCAACCUACAAGUUCAUGUCCCGCAAAUGA